AUGGCGCUGAACCUCGAGAAGCAGUUGCAAUUUGUAAACGAAUCCGACUCAAUCAUGUUUGGAGUGUUACUGACUGUGCCGCUAGUAUGGACAAUACCAUCAUGACCCGGUGAGAAUGAACAUCUGUUUGGAAAUCUCGCUUGUCGUCCUAACUUCUCAAGGUCAACGUCGGUAUCCACAUCACCUUUGUACCGAUUCUACUGUUGACAGGCUUUCUCUUCGUAUGUCAAUAACUCCAGCAUGGAGAACUACAACUGAUUUUGAACUCAGGGGACCAACUCGCCGUCUCUGCCUGUACCGGAAUGGCUCGCGAUCCCAUAUUUGCCACCAAACUUGGGGACGAUUGCCUGCAUCACAUACUCGUCCCUAUACAUAUUGAUGGAGCCGGUAGCCGGCGCAAUGCUAGCGCCUCUACUGCUAGGUGGCACUGCUUACGCUAACCACCUGACUUCAACCUACGGCAUGAAGGCCAACUACAUUGCCAUCGGGGUGCACGUUGUAUCCUGGCUUGUGCAAUUUCUCGGACACGGCGUAUUCGAGGGUCGAGCUCCCGCUUUGCUCGACAACCUCGUCCAAGCCAUCUUCCUUGCACCAUUCUUCGUCUGGUUGGAGGUUCUCUUCUUUUUCGGCUACCGACCUGAGCUCAAGUCGAGGCUCGACCAGGCUGUCGAGAAGGAUAUCGCCAAGUUUCGGUCCGGGAAGGAGGCUAAGAAGAUGAAUGGCCACACUAAAGCGAACGGCGCCGCAAAUGGACAUUCCAAAUAG